GACGUGGCUUUUAAGUUAUGUGGUGCUUUGUAGUAAUGUUUGUUUUUUCCCCUCUCCUCUAAAAUUGUUUAUUCGGGGCCCUGUCGCAGUUAUUGAAUCAAGCGGUGUAAUGGUGGAGCAGGUAAAAUGUUUAGAUCGGUUUAGCAGUAACAAGUCAACUACUGGAACUUUGCAUCUUACUACAACCCACCUAAUUUAUCGGGAGUCAACUACUAGUGGUCCUAAGGAAAUUUGGAUAAUGCAUCAUCACAUUGCUGUAGUAGAAAAACUUUCUCUGACAGCAGUUGGGUGUCCAUUAGUAAUUCAGUGCAAGAAUUUUCGGGUCAUUCACUUCAUCAUUCCAAGAGAAAGGGACUGUCAUGACAUUUUCAACUCUCUGCUCAAGCUCUCACGACCAGUGAAGUAUGAUGACCUUUAUGCAUUUUCAUAUACACCUAAGAAGACUGAAUAUGAGAGAACAAUGGGCUGGAAAGUCAUUAAUUUAAAUGAUGAAUAUCAACGUAUGAGAAUUCCAAAUGAUAUCUGGCAGUUAACUGAUGUAAACCGAGGUUACAAGGUUUGUGAUACAUAUCCAACAGAAGUAUAUGUUCCCAGAAGUGUCAGCAAGCCCAUUAUAGUUGGGAGCUCCAAGUUCAGGAGCAAAGGAAGAUUCCCUGCAUUGUCUUAUUUUUUUGACCAGAAGCAGGCUGCCAUUUGUAGAUGCAGCCAACCAUUAUCUGGCUUUAGUGCCAGGUGUCUCGAAGAUGAGCAUAUGCUGCAAGCUAUAAGUAAAGCUAAUCCCAACAGCCACUUCAUGUAUGUAAUGGAUACAAGACCAAAACUAAACGCAAUGGCAAAUCGAGCUGCUGGCAAAGGAUAUGAAAAUGAAGACAACUAUUCCAAUAUUAGAUUUAAGUUUGUUGGGAUUGAAAAUAUACAUGUCAUGAGAGCGAGCUUGCAGAAAGUCAAUGAAGUGUGUGGAACCAAAGAGUUGUCUCUGAGUGACUUCCUAAGUGGUUUGGAGAGUUCUGGAUGGCUUCGCCACAUUAAAGCUGUGCUGGAUGCUGCUACAUCUCUUGCUAAAGCAGUGGGACAUGAAGGUGCUAGUGUCUUAGUCCAUUGCUCUGAUGGUUGGGAUCGUACGGCCCAAGUCUGUUCUCUGGGUUCCCUGCUGUUGGAUCCGUACUAUAGAACAAUAAAAGGCUUUAUGGUUUUGAUAGAAAAAGACUGGAUUACAUUUGGACACAAGUUUGCGGAUAGAUGUGGCCAGCUUGAUGGAGACCCCAAAGAAAUAUCUCCUGUGUUUACACAGUUCAUCGAAUGUGUUUGGCACCUGACUGAACAGUUUCCUCGUGUUUUUGAGUACAACGAAACUUACUUACUUGAGAUUCAUGAACAUGUCCAUUCCUGCCAGUUUGGAGACUUCAUUGGAAACUGCCAAAAAGAAAGGGAGGAAAUGAAAAUUCAACAGAGAACCCAUUCCUUGUGGUCAUUUCUUUUGGAAAAUCGACGCAAGUAUUUGAAUCCACUCUAUGACAGUAAUCUUCCUUGCGCUCGUGAAGUACUUCAACCAAACACUGUUUCUUUCAAUUUCAAAUUUUGGCGCUGUAUGUAUCAUCAAUUUGACAUAACAGUACAUCCCAGGCAAUCACAACUCACCCGAAUUUUAUCUUUUACUGAGCAGAAUAAACAACUGGAGAUGGAGGCCAAAAAACUGGAGGAGCAAAUAAUAAAACUUGGUCAAAAACCAUGUGUGGCCUACAGUAAGGAACCUUUUCAUCCAGUUAGCCGAUUAUCGCAGAUGCUCAAGGCAUCUGAGAUUAUGUAUAAAGAAGAACAGCAAACAACGAUGAAAAAUAACUCCAUUAGAACAACAGAAGAUGGGAACAUUUCUGGAGAUGAAUGCAAAGAACUCAAAGCUGCUUUCUCUAAAACUGAGCCUAUGUUAGUUAAUUUGGAGCUUGGAAUGGCAAAGAUGACCUGUUGAUUCAGAAUGGGAGAGAGUUCUUCAUACACUUGGAGAAGUAUUUGUGGUGAUCAGAAACUGCUAAUCAUCAGUUCAAUAAUAUAGAAAAACAUGGUUUACACCGAGCCAAUCAGAUUGGUAGUUAAUGGCAAGUUUGAGUUUUACUUGAUUUUUGCUCUCAUUACUGAAGUAAAUUUUCUUAAUUCAAAUAGUUGUCGGAUUUGGAUCUGUAAUAUCUCAAAGUAGUAUAUCUGCUAUUUCAAUCUGAAAGGUACUAGAUCCAAAUCAGUAAGAUUUGCACUGUUAGUGUUUUCCAACGUAAUUAGAUGAUGCACAGUAAUUAGACCUUGCAGACCUGAGAGUUGAUAAGCUUAAUAUAAAUAUUUAGCUGUGUUAUGUUUGGGUCUUGCAUGAAGCAUUCAAAGUGUUGGCAGAGGAUGCACUUAAUCGUGGUGUUCCUUUUGAAGUUCAGACACAUUCAUAAAAUGGUGACAUUGCUGCAAAUUGCCUAUUUGGAAAGUUCCUAUUUAUGUCUGCUUGCAGGAGAAUCAUGUCGCCAUAUUUUAUGAUGUUAACAGAACACUUUCAGCAAAAAAUAUGGAGUAGCUACCUCACAGCUACCUACUGUUAUUAUCAAAGUAUGUGCCUGCUGCUAGAUGAUCAUAUUAGUUCCAAUGUAAUAUAUCUAGGAAGCAAACUACUUGGAAUCUAACUACUGAAAAGUCAUAUUUCUAAUUUCUCUCCCCUUUUGUUCAUUGUUGCAUUGAAAAAUGCCAAUUAAUUUAAAGGUGGUCUACUGUCAUUUCAUGACUUGCUGUAUAUUUGGCACAAUACUAUGUGCUGUAUAUGCACAGAUGAUGGAUCUAAUGCAUUUAGAGAAAACGGAGUGCCCUGUCCCUGUUGAUACAAUUUAAUAGCAACAGAGCCCGAUAUGGCAAGGGUGUUAGUUUCAAGUAUUUAAAUGUUAGAGUAGUUGUUGGCAUUCCCUAAGGUUUGUUUUAUCACAUUGAGCAGGUUGAGUCAAUUGUUUGAGGCAGAAAUUUACAAUAUUUAGAAACUGCUUUAGAAGUCUGGAUUUUGUUUUUUAUAGCACCCAUCACAAAUAUUGUACUGAAUUAAUUUUGUUUUUGAUAGAACUAAAGUAACAGAAGGUGAGAGCAGUUGUAGUAUGAUUUUUAUCGCUUUAAAAAAAUCAGAAUUGUUACUUUCAUACAUUUUCCCCCUCACACUUAUCAUGGGCUGAUAAAGGAAAAGAAGCAACACAUUUCUCAUUCUCCUCUGAUUGUAAAAAUUGAUUCCCACUGUAAAGAAAGAUUUGAAAAAUUGCGAAGUGUUUACUAUAUAGUUCUCUGGGAUGAGUGAAAUGAUUAACUUCACGUAUAGAAUUAUGUGGACUAUAUUUAUCACUGUACAGUAAAGCAAACAAGUAUAAUGCACUAUCUGGUCAAUUGGUUUGAUCUUGGGUUUUGUGAAAUAUACGAUAUUUUCCUGUGGUUCUCAGUUUGGUCCUUGUUAUGGUCUGUUGUAUUCUCAAAUGCUUUUACAGCCAUAGCAGAGCUUGCAGAAAGGCAGAAAAAACCUUGCUCUGGUGGAAAUUUGGUUAAAUUACUCCCAUAGUUAAAACCUUUUUUGUUUCUCUGGUCUGUGGAUUUUCCUUGCACUGAGUUUAAGUAAAUGUUUAAGUAAAGCCCCUUGUCAAAAGAACUAAAUGUGAAGUAGCACAUUCAGAGUAAUCAAAGUAAUUCAAAUUCAUAUUGUAUGUGAUGGAUACAAACCUAUGAACUAACCUUGUUGAAGCCUUUUUGAAAACCACUGCUUUUUCUUAAAUUCUGGAAAUUAUUUAAAUUGCUGUGCCAUAAUUUGUGUGGUGCAAAUUACUGUGCAUAGUAAAGCAAGGCUACAAAGGUUGUCUGUUCCAAAUACUAUGUCUGGUAAUUUUAUGGGAGAUAGUUGUAAAUAGAUGUAAAUGCUUACUGUUCAAGUAUUUGCUCUUUAUUAUAGUAAAAGAUGUCACUUCAAAACAAAGCUUUUAGAAUUUGUCAGUUCAUAACAUGAGAAACAGAUUGGAAUACUUUACUAAUAGGGACAUACUCGGACAGAUUUUACUCAGGCACGUUGCAGGCAUCUAUCUCACCUACUGGGAACACAUCAAAAGAUCAUUGACACCAUGUAAUUUUCUGUUCUUUAAUUUUAAAUCACGGGGUUUGUGUGUUUAAUUUUCUAAUAUGCUGCCAGCAGACAAGGCUUCAUGCCAGAAGCAAAUAUUGGGAGAUUUGUUUUCUGAAAAUAUUUGGAGAAUUUUCUUAGGUAUGUGAAAAUCCACUCCUGCUUAUCCUUCUAACAAAAUGCCAGUGAAGCGUCAUUCAUGUGUAGCUACACAGAUUCACUUUUACAUGCCUUAAAUCUUACAUGACUUGAGACUUUAAAGCAGAUUUUAUUGUAUUUAUUUAGAGGCUGAAUAGAAUAUCUGAAAUUGAUAAACAUUUCAGAUAAAUGUAUACUCCGGAAUUAUUUUGGCACUGUAUGUAAAUGUAAGUUCUUUUAAUCUGAGUAAACCUUUUGAGCUAAAAAUACAAGCUACAUUGUCUAUGAUCAGAUCAAAGUCAUGUGCAUUUUAAAAGUUACUGGGAAGAAGUAUGUACAUUUUAAACCAGUAGGAAUAAGAUUGUAAGAAGGUAGAAAUUUGACAUUCAACUCAACUAAAUUGCGUCAAAUGGUACAAUGUGGCAAAGAUGGAUAUCAAUAAAUGGAUGUUUGAUUGGAAGAGUAAUAGGUAAAUAAUUUCAAAUAACAACAAUGGACAGGUAUGAACUUUUCUUUCUUUGUUUGUUUGAAGGUAUCGCACUUUUAAAAAUAAAAUAUUAAUUCUCACUGAUUCUACUAUCCAUAUAAUGUUCAACCACAUAAUGUGUAAAUUCUGAACUCUUCUGUUCCAGACUGCAGUUCAGCAGGUGGCAUAGGAACAGCAUUUAGAAAGAUGUAGAUUUUUAUUAGAUUAAUUCUUUCAACAAUUGGUUUGAAACAUUUUGCCUUGUAGCAACUUUAAAAUAUUAAAUGAAAGCAUUCUAACUUGGCAUUAUGGUAGAUGAGGUCACUUCACAUCAUAAGGCACUUCAUCAACUUGCAAACUGUUUGUGUAUUUAAAAAUGUACAGUCCAUGUUCCUAUUGCCCCUUUUGUUUUGUUUGGAAAAUUCAGCGGUAGGCUUAAAGUAGGUACCUUUUUUAAUACCAUUAAUAAAGGGAAUAAACUAGAUGCAAGUAACUAGACCUGGAUAAAUCUUUUUUUCAAUUUAUCCUAAUCAUUCAUCUUCCCUGAUGUUACGCACACAUCCUUUACGUACUCUAGUGCAGUAUCACACUAUUUGUUGUUACCUUUGUAAUUUGUGUAAAACAAAUAUGGGCUAUUAUCUAGUUGUUUUGUAUUUAGGAACUUUAUUUAAACAAAUUUGUAUUAAGAGAUGUAAAUUAUGUACAGAUCUGUCAAUGACUUAAAUUUGCUUUAGUUCUUUUCAAUUCCAGGGUAGGGACUACGGCAUAGCCCUUAUGGACCAAUAAUUUCUCAAGACGUUGACCAGUUAACCUUUUUUUCCGCAGUAAACUUUAGGUCAGCAAUUUAAUUUAGCAAAACAUCUUUUGCCUUUGAAUUCUGUAGAUAUCACUUAGGCAAUAUUACUACAAAAUAAACUUUACUCAUUAUUACAGGUUUAUGUACAAAUGGUUUAUUGCUGUCAGAAGUAAAUUAUGAAUUAUGGUGUACAAUUUGUAAUUUUUUCCCAUGAACAUUGGUUAUAUAUGAAGUUUUAAAGUUUGGAUGAAAUUCAGUUAUUGGAAAAAAAUUACCCUUUUGCAUGAUAUUUACAAGCACACAAACUCUGUACUUGUAUGAACUUUUACUUCAGCAUUCCAUCUGUGGCCUGAAUGUGAUCUUAGAUUGGAGUAGAUUUUCUUUGUGCAGGAAUAUUUUUUAUGAUCUUUAUUGGCUUUCAAGUGAGUAGGUGCUUUAAUCUGGUAAGACUCUGUACUGAAGAACAGUCAGAACAAUUCUGAAGAAGAGUCACUGGAUCUGAAAUGUUAACUCUGAUUUUUCUCCACAGAUUCUGCCAGACCUGCUGAGCUUAUCCAGCAAUUUCUGUUUUUGUUCCCUAUUUAACACUGUCUAGUACAGGAUGAUAGUUCUGCAACCAGGUACCUAGCCACGAAUGAUGUGGCUUUUAGCUAUAACUUUUAAAUUAAAAUAAGUGGUCAUAGCAAGAUGCAAUUCUUUGGGAAUUUUAGAUUUUCAAUCUACUGGAACAGGGCUUAGUGACUGCAGUAUAUUAGUGAUAGAGGAUCCACAGCAGUGAGCCUGUGGUUAGAUCAUAUUUUAUAAAUAGACUGGAGAAAAAUUGAAUGCUUACAAUAAACAUUUUAAUUUAUUUGCCUGUUUUGGUUAUCUGAUGAAAAUUCCAAGAGCUUUCAAGGGACCAUGCAAAAGAAACUGCUACAGAAAUUAUAAGUAGUACAUAUCACUAGAGACAUAAUUUUAGUGACAGUAUCUCAGACUCUGCUUCAAAUUCAGUGCCUAGUUUUGAUGUAUAAAUGAAACAUAUAGCUAAAUGUGUGAAGCAGCUUAAUGCACUCAUGCUAAUUAAGAAUGGAAAUGCAGGGAACAAUUACACAUCUGUAAGCUAAAUAGACUUUUUUUGUUAUGCUGAGUAUUCCUACCUCUUCUAUUUAUGUUUAAUCUUUUUUUUUCUUAAUGGACAAAUUAAAUAGAAUGGGCACAAUUUGAGUUUCCUAAUUGUAAUAUAACUAUUGAGUUUGAAAUAUAUAUAGCGUUUUACUUCUUGGCCUGAUGCAUGAUUACAUGCCGCAAUACACUGAGGAUUACUACAGAGAUGUGAAUGGGUAGUGGGGGUAGAAAGAAGUCAUUGUAUGAUUUGAACUAUGGCAAUUAUUCAAACUCUUGGAAUGUUUGAAGCAGGAGCCUUUUCCAAGUUUUUUUUAUGUAGUUAAACAUUCAACAUUCAGCUUUGAAAGUAUUACUGUUGACCCCCUUUGAUUAGUCUUAUUACAGUAUCUUGUACUGCUGAGUUUGCCAUGUAAUCUUGAAUUGGGCAGAGUAUAUUGUAAAUAUUAACUCUUUUGAGAGGAGUCUAAUUUUUAAUGUGAGUAUAGAAUGCCUACGAAGAGCAUUACAUUUAACAAAUGUUUUGGACACAAUGUUGCCUUAUUGUAAAUCCAAAAAUUGAAUUAAAAAGACUUGCGUUCUUGCUGUAACUGUUUGUUAUUUAAAUAAAGCUUAAAACAAGUUUGAGCAUA